CCUCAUGCACCUGGACGGGUAUAUCCGCAAACACGGCCAGCAGAUCAAGAUCAUGCACAUUGCCGACGUGCUGGCCAGCGGCUGGUAAUCCCAACCUUAACCCUCUUAAAAGCCUCAACAUGCAAUACUGUUUGUGAAAGACGGAAAAACUUUCUGGGACGGCGUUCGCAACUAUGCGGCCCGCAACAACCUCAAAGCCAUGAAAAAAGGCGACCAGGUGCUGUGGUACCACAGUAA